AUGUUAUCUUCGCCCAGAGCUAUUGCGCUGAGCACUGGUCUAUGUUUACUCCUUUACUACGUGCUUUGGGCCAUCUACGUGCUCUACUUCCAUCCUUUGGCUCCCUACCCCGGCCCGAAGUCAUGGCUUUUCUCUCGAGUAGCGUACUCGCGCGGUUUACGCCAGGGUACCCUCAUCCAUAAGCUUCGACAGCUACACGACAACUACGGCCCUGUUGUUCGCUAUGGAGUAAAUGAACUUUCGUACACCGAUGCUCGCGCGUGGAAGGAUGUUUAUGGUUUCCACGGCGGACCCGACAAGAAUUUCGACCGUGAUCCUCGAUUCUACCAGCCAGCACCAAAUGGUAUUCCGAGCAUCUUGUCAGCCAGAAACGAACAUCAUGCUUCUAUCAGGAGGCUCCUAGCGCCUGCAUUUUCUGACACCGCACUCAAGCAGCAAGAACCAAUUGUGCGUGGCUACGUGGACCUCUUGAUCAGCAAGCUGCUGAAGCGAGCUAACGGGCCUCCGGUCAACAUUGGCAACUACUUCCAAUUCACUACGUUCGACAUAGCGGGCGAUCUCAUGUAUGGCGAAAGCUUUGGAUGCUUGGAGCGGGAGGAGUACCAUACAUGGCUCAAGGUCAUGACGGCGUUCUUCAAGCGAUUGAUGAUCGGAGCUUCACUAGUCUCGCUGGUUCCUGCCAUACGACCUUUGCUCCCUUACAUCAUUCCGAAGCGUGUCCAAGAGCAAACACGCCAGCGAUUUGCUUUUACAGUCGAGAAGGUCGGGCAGCGACUUGCUAUGGGUGAAUCUACCAAUCGCGCCGACUUUAUGACGUACAUGGUUCGAACGCAUAGCAAAAGCGGUUUUGCAAUGGCACGCGGAGAGCUCGAUGCGACGUUCGAUGUCCUCGUUAGUGCUGGUGCCGAAACCACUGCCACAGCUUUGACUGGUACCGUCCAAUAUUUGCUGCGCAAUCCGGCCAAGCUGCGCCGACUUCAAGAUGAAAUCCGAAGCAAGUUCGCGGAUUCUGGAGAAAUCACAGUCGCGAGCAUUGGAGAUCUUCCGUACCUUACAGCGGUACUGAACGAGGGUAUGCGACUCUGUCCGCCUGCGCCCUCGAUGCGCCCUCGAGUUGUACCAAAAGGAGGUGCUUUGGUGUGCGGCAAGUGGCUUCCAGAAGGGGUAUCCGUUGGAAUACCGCCAUGGUCCACAUUCAGGUCUGCAGAAAAUUUCGCACAGCCGGAUGAAUUCAUCCCAGAGCGAUGGCUUCGGCCAGAAGAGGGUGGGUUGGAGAUGAAACCUCAUGAUGCAGGUGCAUUCCUGCCCUUUUCGUACGGCUCUCGAGAUUGUCUUGGUCGAUCUCUGGGUUGGGCGGAGAUGCGUCUGAUCUUGACAAUGGUGCUUUGGCAUUUCGAUCUCGAGAAUAGGAGUGUUGAGAAUACGUGGGAGAACCAGAAGGUAUUCGUGAUGUGGGAUAUGGUGCCCAUGAUGGUGGCUUUGCGAUCAAUUGAAAGAUGA